UUAUUAUUUUUCCCCAUAUAUCUCCAAUUAUUUUUCUAUAGAAGAACACAACAAUCAUGCAUUGAUGUUCUGACAAUGGUGCUUGUGAAUUCGUUCUCAAAAUGCUCGCUAUUUUGAUGCUAUUGUUUAGUUUACAGAGUUUCGAUUCUACUGCUGAUACUUACGGUUCUGUUGCUGGUGCUACUGAUAGCAGUAAGCUGCUACAUCACCACCACCACCACCACCACCACUACCACCACAACCACCGCCACCACCAUCAUCGUCAUCCUCAUAGGCUGAGGACUCAUGCAAUCUCUCCAUCUCCUUCCUCUGUACCAGGUUGUGAAUGUGUGGAACCACUUACUGCAACUCCUUUUGUUUCACCUUGUGGCUGUGUUUUUCCAAUGAAAGUCAGACUUGUUCUAGAAGUUUCCGUGUAUGCUGUUUUCCCCGUUGUGAAUGAGCUAGAAAUCGAGAUUGCAACAGGAACAUAUCUAACACAGAGUCAAGUCGUAAUUACGGGUGCCAGUGCUGACGAUGAAAAUAAAGAAAGAACAGCUAUCGAUGUAAACUUGGUACCAUUGGGAGAAAAGUUCGAUAAUUUCACUGCUAAACUCACUUCUGAAAGAUUUUGGCACAAGAAACUCUCGUUAAAUAGAACCCUUUUUGGAAAUUAUGAAGUGGUAUCUAUUAUUUAUCCAGGGCUUCCUACUGCACCAAAUGAGCACGGACCGAGCAGAAGUCCCGUGACCCAGUUAUUCCCCUUAACUGCAAAAUUUGUUGGCGGAAGUCAGAAGAUGGACCGUAUAACCAUUUUUGUAAUUGCUUUGUCAGCAUUAGUAUUCUUGGUUGUUUGCUGUGCCGCAAUCUCCGUUUUCGUCAAGUACAAAAAGACGUGUAGUUCAUCAGAUGUUGUUUGCCUUGCUUUUACAUCAUCCACUAACAAGAGAUGUGGACUUGGAGCAUUGUUAUCAAAUGAUCCAACAAGUUCGACAUCUGCAUCUACCGACUCCACCAUACCUACUUCGUUUCUUAACGUUAAGUCGUUUUCACUAGCUGAAGUAGAGAAAGCCACUGAUAAGUUCAGCUCUAAACGAGUUUUGGGUGAAGGUGGUUUCGGUUGUGUUUAUCAUGGGAUCAUGGAAGACGGAUCGGAAGUUGCUGUGAAAUUGCUUUAUAGAGGCAAUAAUAAUCCGAACGCAGACCAAGAUUUUAUCGCAGAAGUUGAGAUGUUAAGCCGGUUGCAUCACCGUAACCUUGUUAAACUCAUUGGUAUAUGCAUCGAAAAGCGCACACGUUGCUUGGUUUAUGAGCUUGUUCCAAAUGGCAGCAUUGAAUCCCAUUUGCACGAUAAGCGAAACGGACUUCUUGAUUGGGAUGCAAGGUUAAAAAUUGCACUUGGUGCGGCCAGAGGGUUGGCUUAUCUUCAUGAAGAUUCUAAUCCUCGUGUGAUUCACCGUGAUUUUAAGGCUGCCAAUGUUUUGCUGGAAGACGAUUUUACCCCUAAGGUAUCGGAUUUUGGGUUGGCAAGGGAAGCUACAGAAGGUAGUCAUCAUAUUUCUACACGAGUCAUGGGAACUUUCGGUUAUGUGGCACCCGAAUACGCAAUGACAGGCCAUCUUCUAGUCAAAAGCGACGUCUAUAGUUACGGUGUUGUGCUCCUAGAGCUUCUCACCGGCAAAAGACCAGUAGACAUGUCUCAACCUCCCGGCGAAGAAAACCUCGUGACCUGGGCUCGACCACUUCUCACAACCCAACAAGGUCUACAACAGAUAGCUGACCCAACCCUAUCCGGGACCUACGACUUCACCGAGUUAGCCAAAGUGGCUGCAAUCGCCUCCAUGUGUGUGCACCCAGAAGUGGCUCAACGGCCUUUCAUGGGCGAAGUAGUCCAAGCCCUGAAACUCAUAUGCAACGACGACAAAGACGACGAUACUACUCAACGGGACUCCUCAGCUGUGGAAUCCGACUUCAAAGCCGACCACCCCCCUUCCGAUGGCAGCUGGUGGAAUGCCGGCGGGGGUGAGUCACCACAUUUUAUAUAUGGUAACAGUAACGGUAACGAUUCUUCGUUUUUAACAAUGGAUUAUAGCUCGAGCUUCCAUGGAGUGGCUGGGGCCUCGGUGACCAUUAACCGAUCCGGCCCGCUUAAAUUGGUUCGGAAUAAGUCCGAGUGUUAUAGAUUGAAAGGGAGCGUGAGUGAACAUGGUGGGGGUAGACUAAGACACCCCUCCAAGACUUUUUGGCAUGAAGGUUCGUUUUAGUAGUUGUUUUGGAAAUGUACAGUACUGAAAACUCGGGCCGGGUUUUUCUUGGUAAGUUUAAGUCGGGCCGGGUUUUUUUGGUAAGUUAGAUUCGGGCCCGGUUCUUCUUGGUAAGUAAGAAUUGGGCCGGGUUUAUGUAUGGAAUAGAUGUCCCUUAUAAAAGGGAUCAAAAUGAAAACAUGGGUUUUUUUUUUUUCUGGGAGUAAGUUACAUUUUCGGACCCUGAACAAUAUCUUUUGAAAUAUUUGGUUUUAGACAA